GAGAGUGUAAGAGUGAGGGAGAGAAAUGGGGAGCAGAAGGAGCUGCAGACAAAAACAAGCUGUCUUCCAUGUGGUGAUUUGAUCUCAGCUGUUGGAGGAUACCUUUGUUGGACAAUAUUUGAGGAGAUUCUGCCCGAGACUCAACAACAGGCUGUAAUCCUCACUCCGUGUUUCCCACUCAGUCAUUGAAGUUAGCCACCAGCUGUUUCAGUGAUGCAGUGCGACGAGCUCUCAGCCAGAGAGGAGUUCACCUACAGUCACAUGUCCACUCUGGAGAGGGACAGCGGGACGUUGGGACGACGGGGUGACAGGGGAGCAGAGAGAAGGCCAGACAGGGGGGAGCGGUAUAGGCCCGAGCGGGACAGCUACACAGUGGACGUGAGAGCCAGUGACCUGCAGCUGGCCCAGCCGGAGCCUGUAAAGCACCCCUGCUUCAGCUACAGGGCCUGGCUCUACAGUGUCCUCAUAGGGGGCAGUCUGCUCAUCACAUCGGGUUUCUCUCUGUACCUGGGAAAUGUGUUUCCUGUUGCCAUGGACUACCUACGCUGUGCUGCAGGCUCUGGCCUUCCUGCAGCGAUAGCCAGUUUUGCCAUUGCCAAGAACAGACAUGUUGCAGUGUCAGAUUUUCAGGUGGUCUAUGUGUCAACAUUUGCUGUGACGACUACUUGCCUGGUUUGGUUUGGAUGUAAACUGGUCCUGAACCCUUCUGCUGUCAAUAUCAACUUUAACCUCAUUCUGAUGAUUUUGCUGGAGGUGUUGAUGGCCAGUACCGUCAUCCUGUCAGCCCGCUCUGCAGAAGACUGCUGCUGCCACAGGAAGCCGGUGACAUAUGACAGACCUGUGGUUAUAACCCCUGCAGUGUUCCCCACUCGACUCCUUAAGGCAUAUUCUGUGAUUGAAAUAAUCGUUGGAAUCUCUGCUGUAUUUGGAGGAAUUAUUGCACUCAACAUGGACGCUUUGCUACCUGGCCCCUACUUGUCUGUCACAUUUUUCUGGAUUCUUGUGGCUUGUUUUCCCAGUGCAAUUGCCAGUCACGUUGUGUCAGAAUACCCCAAUAAAUGUCUGGUGGAGGUUCUGAUUGCCAUCAGCAGUGUGACAUCUCCCCUGCUCUUUUCAGCCUCCGGCUUCCUCUCAUGCAGUGUGAUCAGCUUUAUUGAAAUUUUCCUGCAUGAAGUGCCUACAGCCAAACAAUCCUACGACAUCCUGCUGCUGAUUCUGAUGGUGUUGCUGCUUGUGCAGGCAGUUCUAACUUCAGCCACUGUGGUGCACUGUGCCUCCUACAAGAGUCAGCUCCGCAUGGGGGCUCCAGAGUGCAGUGAUAGCAUGCACUCUGCAACCCAUUACUGUGAGCAGCAAGCAUCCAACGGAACACUGCAGGAUUUUGACAAAGACAGAGCUUGGAAGGCAGUUGUGGUCCAAAUGGCCCAAUGAACACUCUUACAGUACACAGAGAAGCUGAUGAUGCGAAGUGGAAAACAGAAGAAUAAAACAAACUCUAAGCUGCAAGCUACAAGAGUAUAAUCCCGAGACAGAACACACUGGAAGAAAGAAAAAGCAGUAAACAUGUAUUCAGACAUGGCGACAGGGACAUAGAGGAAGGAUUGAGAAGGAAAUAAAAGAUAGAAGAAGAGAGAAGUUUGAAAGAAUGUAAGGUUUUUGAUACUGUCAUAGAUAAUGUUUUGACCACUUUGCUUUGAUGUCUGUUUUCUGGUGUUUUUUUACUGUAGUGAGGAGUGGCAAUAUUUGACCUGGGAAUUUAACUAUUCUCUGUUGUUUAACAAGCACAAGUAUUUUUACAUUGACAUCAUUUAAGUACAAUGAACAAUCGCGUGAGUCAAUGUUCAGUAGUAUAAAAAUGCUUUAGACUUAAACACAAAGUUUUAUGAUGUCUCAAAAUAUCUAACUUUGUUCUAUAAAGUAGAAGCAUACAACUGAAUUCAUCCUAGAUUUAAUGGAUGAGGAAGUUUUACAAUUGUUGUACUGUAGGAUGAAAAGGAUGUUAAUGUACAAAAAUACAUCCAAGACUUUCAACUCAAUGCACGGAUUUGUAUCCCUACAAAGAGUUUAAAAUGAGAAAUGCAUGUUGGCUUAUCUAUCACCUGGCAGUGGCUCAGUUUAUUCUAAGGUAUAAACCUCAAUCAGCCACAUUUAUAGGAAAGUUCUUUCCAUAGAUGCCAAAAUAAGACAACAAAUGACACUUUUUUAUAUCAGCGGCAGACUUAAUUCACUGCAGAUCUUCUUCCCAAAUAGAGAACACUGACAUAUCUUAGCAUUCUUGACUGUGAGUUGUCUUUUGUAUGUGUGUGUUCUCACAGUGGUGUGGUAGAGGUUGUUUAUUACAGUUUAUUACAAGAUAAUUGAUACAGUUGGCUACUGCAAAUACAUUAUUAACUGAUGUAAAGAGUUUUAACUGAAAAUGUGUCGUAUUUAGAAAAAAUAAAAUGU